ACGAUAUUCGUGUUCAACAUCCCUCGACAGCAGCCCUCGACGCAACCAUGGCGUGGACUCCACAAUCGACAUCCGGUCUACGGACGCUGUUCUCCCUCUUCAUCGCCGCUCUUCUGGUGCUACCGUCGCAAGCCCUGUACUUCUUCAUCGAUGGCCCCGUCCAGAAAUGCUUUUUUGAGGAACUGCCCAGGGACACUCUCGUAGUCGGCCACUUCAACGCCGAGCAAUGGGACGAAGGCACUCGUAGCUACCGCGCCACCCCCGACCUGGGCGUCUUCAUCACGGUCGAAGAAGUCUUCGACAACGACCACCGUGUCGUGUCCCAGCGCGGCGCCGCCAAGGGCCGCUUCACCUUCUCCGCCGCCGACUCGGGCGAGCACCGCGUAUGCUUCACGCCCACGGGCGCCGUGGCGCAGGGCGGCUGGCUCACGGGCGGGCAGCCCGCGGGCGGCAUCAAGUUCUACCUCGACCUGGUGAUUGGCGAGACGAGUCGCAUUGAGAGCACGGACAAGGGCAAGAUUGAUGAUUUGACGCAGAAGGUCAGGGAUUUGAAGGGCAGGCUGCAGGAUAUUCGGAAGGAGCAGGUGCAUCAGCGGGAACGAGAGGCGGAAUUCCGAGACCAGUCUGAGUCGACGAAUGCUAGAGUUGUGCGGUGGACGCUUAUUCAGUUGGUUAUACUCGGUGUUACAUGCGCGUGGCAGCUGUCUCACUUGAGGGCCUUCUUUAUCAAGCAGAAACUUACUUGAGAGCAUUUACGUUUGGUGGGUUGUUAUCGUGGGAUAGGAGGUAUAUGGGAUUGGUUGGCGUUGAUAAAACAUGGUUAGGGACACGGUGUGCUAAUAGACGACGAUAUUAUCAUCCCGAUUCAUGAUUGUGUGGCAUCUUGUUAAUUGUAUUGGCAGUGUGGGUUACUCAAUUCCAUACGUUUACUCGUCCUAACUACUGUUUAUUUCAUAUCAAGAUCGCUUUCACUUUCAAAAGUCCUUCGUAAACGGCCAACAGAUAAUCCUAGAGGAAUGCAUUGGUAUUCGAAUGAUCACGCUCUUUCCC